AUGAGCAUUUACUCCUUCCUCAUCGCCGUUCGAUCCGAUGGCCAACAGCUCAUGAACGAGAGCGGAGAGACAACAUCACAUCUCAUGGGUCUUUUCUACCGUACACUCCGAAUGGUCGACAACGGAAUCAAGCCCCUAUAUGUCUUCGAUGGUGCCCCGCCUAAGCUCAAGUCUGGCGAGCUCGCCAAGCGAUUCCAGAGAAAGCAGGAGGCUACCGAGGGCCUUGAGGAGGCCAAGGAGACUGGUACCGCUGAGGAGGUUGAGAAGUUCUCCCGGAGAACAGUGCGGGUGACUCGCGAGCACAAUGAGGACUGCCGGAAGCUUCUGAAGCUCAUGGGCAUCCCCUUCAUCAUUGCGCCCACUGAGGCCGAGGCUCAGUGUGCUGUCCUUGCUCGUGCAGGCAAGGUAUACGCCGCCGCCAGUGAGGAUAUGGACACUCUCACUUUUGAUACCCCGAUCCUACUCCGUCACUUGACGUUCAGCGAGCAGCGCAAGGAGCCCAUUCAGGAGGUUCACAUUGAGAAGGUGCUGGAAGGUCUUGGCAUGGAGCGGAAGCAGUUUGUCGACUUGUGUAUCCUCCUCGGCUGCGAUUACCUUGACCCCAUCCCGAAGGUCGGUCCUUCGACAGCUCUCAAGUUGAUCCGCGAGCACGGUGACCUGGAGACACUAGUCGAGGCUUUCAAGAAUGACCCGAAGCAAAAAUACGUCAUUCCGGACGACUGGCCGUACCAAGAUGCCCGAGAGCUGUUCCUCAACCCCGAUGUCCGAAAGGCGGACGACCCGCUUUGCGACUUCAAGUGGGAGAAGCCCGAUAUGGAGGGACUGGUGCAGUACCUUGUCACGGAGAAGGGCUUUUCUGAGGACCGUGUGCGCUCAGCAGGCGCCCGCUUGGAGAAGAACUUGAAGAGCAACCAGCAAGUCCGCCUCGAUGGUUUCUUCAAGGUGAUUCCCAAGACAGAGGAGGAGAAGGCUGCGCACAAGCGGAAGCUGGAUGCCAAGAACGAUGAAAAGAAGAAGAAGCAGAAGUUGGAGAAGAAGGAGAAGGCUGCUGCCAAGUCUAAGCCUCGCAGAAAGGCAUCCGUACAGACAGCCAGCCUCCCCUAUGACAAUGGUGGGGCUGCGCAGACUAACCCACGUGCUAAUGAGGUUCUCCGCGUUCUGCUCGUCGGUGUAGGACGUCGGUUGUCGGGAGAUCAUGUGCCUGACUCGAAGCGCAUUGGAUGCAAAGUGAAUGUGUAUCUUGGAUGCUCACCUCUCCGUCUCUAUGUACAUGCAAAGUCAGGACUGGCGUGCCACGGGCAGCAAAGCGGCAGCAGAGAGGACCCACCUCACAUGACCAUCGAUGGGAUUCCCAUUGGCCAGUCACCUUUGGAAAAGAUGCCGAGGUUGAUCCACACCUCGCGAACCGGAAACGGGCCACCCCUCGAUGACAUCAGCCAAAGAAGAAGGAGGCCAGAGGGGUCUUUCACACGCCAGGCGACAAAAAAACAAGAGACAAUGGACGGCGCGCAAACUUGGGACUGGGGAGAGGCUGCACGAGACCACAUGACACGGAUUAGCGCACCUAAAUGUCGCCAAUGGGGACUAGUGCGACGGCUCCCCAAGCUCACUCUGGAGUCUGUUUCCCGUUCGCCAUCCUCCGAACCAAUCCAAUGGCACUUGAUUGUGGUUGAUUUCGGCCAUGGCCAGUCGUGUCCGCCGCAAUUUCAUGUACCAGUAUCUCUGCCUGCGACCUCGAGAGGUGUGGGGGAACUUGGAGAAUCUUCAGGCCAACAAACACAGAUGGAUGAUGGCAUUGAAUGGCCUCGUGAGCCUGGAGGCUGCACACAAAACACAAUGUGCCGGCAAUCGAUUGCAUUGCUAUCCAGCUGCGGCUGUGUCCGCACACGCAUCCCCUGGGUCAAACGUGCAAGCUUCACCCCGAGGCGGGAAGGGGUACUUUCCCCAGCCAACCUGGAUAAACCAAAGGGCAGGUGCCUCUCCCAUUUUACCUUGGGCUUACCUUCCCGCGUCCGCAAGCAUGUGAUUGUCUGGCCUGCGCUUGAGCUGCUGGCCCAUUUGCCGACCUUGGCCGUCGCGACUCGUUUCUUUGACACCAUUUCCCCAGACACAUCCUCUUCCGGCAAGACCUCUUUAAACAUUGUUAUCCCCCUCGUCCUUCUUCGUCUUUCUCUCCCCUGGUUCAUCUCUCCUGUCAUCCCACAGUCCACAGUCAAACAGCGAAUACCCAUCCGACGAGAGUCCGCCGUAGAUAGCACCCACAUACUCCACAGCAUCACCUUCACCACUGGCGACGUUGCGUCGCACAACAAGCCUGACGACUUGUUCAUCAUCGUCGACGGCGAUGUCUACGACCUCACAAAGUUCCAGGAUGACCACCCAGGUGGUAAGAAGAUCCUCCAGCGCGUUGCCGGAAAGGACGCCUCCAAGCAGUUCUGGAAGUACCACAAUGAAGGUAUCCUGAAGAAGUACAAGGCCAAGUUGCACGUCGGCUCCCUCGACUCCAAGCCUAAGCCCGUCGAAGCGGCACCUGCUGCCGCCGCUCCCGUGCCCAAGAAGGCCGCCCCCAAGAAGGUCGUUGCCAGCAGCACCGAAGAGUCCGAGCCAAUGGAUCCCUUUGGCGACUUGGUUCCCUACGCCGACCCCAACUGGUACCAGGCUUACCACACUCCCUACUACAACGAGACACACGCUGCCCUCCGCACCGAGAUCCGCGAAUGGGUCGAGACAAAUGUCGAGCCCUUCGUUGGUGAGUGGGAUGAGAAGAAGGAGGUUGAUCCCGCCAUCUACAAGCAGAUGGGUGAGCGCGGCUACCUUGCUGGUCUGCUCGGUGUCCACUACCCUACGCAGUACACCAACAACACCGUUGCGUCGGUGGCUCCAGAGGACUGGGAUCUCUUCCAUGAGAUGCUUUUGACCGACGAGCUGUCUCGUGCAGCAUCAGGUGGCUUUGUCUGGAACGUCAUUGGUGGUUUCGGCAUUGGCUGCCCGCCCCUGGUCAAGUUUGGCCAGAAGGCUCUCGUUGACCGUAUCCUGCCCGGCAUCCUCAACGGUGACAAGCGCAUCUGCUUGGCCAUUACCGAACCCGAUGCCGGCUCUGACGUUGCCAACUUGACUUGCGAGGCUAAGCUUAGCGAGGAUGGAAAGCAUUUCAUCGUCAACGGCGAGAAGAAGUGGAUUACUAACGGUAUCUGGUGCGACUACUUCACCACCGCCGUCCGCACGGGUGGCGAAGGCAUGAACGGUGUCAGCUUGCUGCUUAUUGAGAGAGGACCCGGUGUCACGACAAGACGGAUGGACUGCCAGGGUGUCUGGUCCAGCGGUACCACCUACAUCACCUUUGAGGAUGUCAAGGUACCUGUUGAGAACUUGCUCGGCAAGAAGAACCAGGGCUUCAGAGGCAUGUAG